AUGUCAAUCUGGACACUGAUACCGUCGUUGCAGACUGUCGCGCACAUCGAGUCUUCGCAUGACCUAUGGGUGCACCCAGCGUGCAUGCGCUUCAAGACGUAUGCAAGUUAUGUACACGAGAUAACCAUCUUCUUCUCUACACGACCGCCUAAGCCAUCUAUUUGGAUGGAGCUUGACGCGUUGCUCACAAAGGACGACCCUAUUCUCUCCCGUCUUCGUCGGGUCACGCUGAAACAUCAGUGCGCUUAUGACGAACUAUCGAUGGGACAGGGUGGACGGCUCGUACUGCUGUCACCCAGCGUAUGCUGGGCGGAGAUUGAGGGUGUAUUUGAUGACGAAGGCUGGAACACCACGGUUGCCAACCAUCUCCUUGCACGCUUCCCCAACCUGGAAGGCGCCUUAAUCGCCAAUACCCAGUGGAUAUCCUUGCUCUCCAUGCACCGACGACUGAAAACACUUCGCGCGUUCGGGAACGAGCCGAACGUCCAACAUAUAGCUUGCAUGGCCGACUGGCCCGCACUCCAGUCGCUCACUUUCAACACUCACCCCAUGUUCCGAUCCCGCUUGGUACAUCCAUUGUCUCCGUAUCCCGAACCCACACCUCUUUUAUCCCUGCCUUUUCUGAAGAACCUCCAAGUUGAUGCAUUCGGGUACACUUUUCCAAUAUUCCUCUCCGCCCGGCUCCCCUCCCGCUCACUCUCUUACACCUUCGAUCCCCGAGGCGGCUACAACAGGGACUUUAGAGUCCCCUUCGACACCAUCGCCGACGCUUACUCGCAGCUCACCGAGCUCACGCUGACCGUGCACUCAACUUGGAGACCUGGGAGCCGCCGCAACUACCUCUCCCGCGUCCUCGCGCCCCUCGCGCCUCCACAACGGCUCCGCGUAUUCAACAUCACUUUCCAGGGCGAACACCUGAGCUACAACGCAGACGACCUCCGGAAGCUCCCACUCAUGUGGCCUGCCCUCGUCGAGCUCCGGAUCGCGGUCGACCCCUACGCGAAGGGCACGGACGACGACAUGGUGUCGCUCGGCGUGCUGCCGGAGCUCGCGCGCGCUCUCCCAGAGCUGCGCGUGCUGCACCUCCCGCAGACGUUGUUCCGCGUGGGAUCGCUGGACGUUGCCGCCGCCGCAUACGAGCCGCAUCGCGCGCCGUACGAGCUCCGACUGGGCCCGGUGCAAGUACGCGGCGGGCACGGGGAGGACGCGAGGCGCGAGGUUCGCGGGUUCCUCAGCGCGUUGUUUCCGAAUGCCGGGCACCGGGUCACGGUCAAGACGGAAUUUUAUGUGAUGAAAUGGAUGUUCAGCGAGGUUCUCUGGGCGCGCCGUCGCGCCCCCCGCGAGCGUGGGAUCGUAUUGGAGGAGAAUGUGCAAACCGAGUCCGAGAUCCAGAUCCUACUAGCCGGCCGUCGACCUGCGGACGUGUUAACCAGCUACACCAUCGCACGCUCCAUCCCGGAUCUGAUCGCACCGGCCCGGCAGUGCGCAGGCUUCAGGACAAAUUCGUCGUCGCCGAACCUCCGUCCGGCCUCCAUCUCCCUGUCCUUGACCUCGAUAACCAAGAUGGCUCAUGACGCUGCACCUCAACUGGUCGACGACGUCCUCCCGGAGAUAUUCGCAUACCUCGAUAGCAGAGAUGACGUGUCGCGCAGGACUCUUUUUGCGCUUGCCAUCUCAUCCAGACGGUUUUCACGCCCCGCUCUCGACGUCCUCUGGCAAGCACUCCCCAGCGAUCGUCCCCUGGUGGUGCUGCUGCAUCUACUGGGCAUUUCACAAUCGAGCACUUGGCAAUGGGACGAAGCGGCAUCAAGCGGAUCCUGGGACCGUCCACCUAGUGAAGAAGAUGCGCAGGUUCGUCGUGAAUGGGAGCGCACCGACCCGGGGUGGUUCUAUACCGUCGCGCACUUCAAGUCUGCGAACGAACUACGCCGUCAUCCCAACUGGGCCCACUUCUACACGUAUUCUCGCACAGACCAGUGGAACAACCUCGUCGCCGAUUCCCUCGUGGAUUUUUGCCCCAACCUGCAACACCUCACGAUUGACGAUCGCCCGUGGCUGUACUUGCUCGCACACUUCCCGCGUCUCAAGACGGUUCACUGCACCUACGACGUCACACCGUACAUCGAGGACUUGGAGAGCAUGGCAGCGUGUCCUGCGCUCGAAUCCUUCUCGUUCCACCUCUACCGUGAAACCAUCUACUACCAUUCCGAGCCGCCGCCCCGACGUCCGUUCUGCCUCCCAUUCCUCCACACGCUCGCCAUCCACUCGGACCCAUACGGUAGCGCGAUCGAGAUGUUCGCCUUCGUGCGCCUCCCCGCUCUCCACACACUCUCCUACACCUUCGACCCCCGCCUCUUCGAGAACGGCAUCGACGUCCCGCUGGGGGCCAUCGCCGCUGCGUACCCGCACCUCGCCACGCUCAAGCUCACGAUCAUCCCCUGGGCGGAACUCGCGCGCCAGAUCACGCCCUUCUACUCACCGACCCCACCGCGGGUGAACACAUGCAUGGCCUUGUCCGUGCGCCUCGGGGCGGUUCUCGCGCACCUGGCGCCCAUUCGGGACCUGCGCGGGCUGCACCUCACCGUGCAGGGCGAGCGGUUUGGCUACGGCGACGAUGACCUCCGUGCGGUCGCGACGGCGUGGCCUCGGCUCGUCGAGCUCCGGAUCUCCGUGGACGGCGCAAUAGUCGAGGGCGAGGGCGAGGAGGUGGCGACGCUCGACGGUCUCGCGGAGCUCGCGCGCGGGCUUCCGGAGCUGCGCGUGCUGCACGUCCCGCGUGUCGCGCUCUCGCGGGGCUCGCGCGAUGUUGUGUCUGUCGAGCCGCACCGCGCUCUGCGCGACCUCAAGCUAGGCCCGAUAGGGGUGCGGGAAGGACGGGGCGGCGGGAAGGGGGAGCAGGAGGUGCGCGCGUGUCUCCGGAUGUUGUUCCCAAGAGUGGAGGUCCGUACAGCCCGGUGA